AUGGUUAACUAUCUUUUUCUUGGAGACUACGUAGAUCGUGGUCAUCAAAACCUCGAAUGCAUAGCUUUAUUUUUUUCUUACAAGGUAAACCUAUACACUCUAGAAAAACCAAGGUUCUACCAGUUAGCUUCAAUAUAUCGCGCAGGAGUCUCGAUAAGCUUAUCAAGCCACAAUUAA